CGUCACCACAGCCGCGCCACGUCGACAUGAGAAUAACUCAAUAAUGCUAAAACAUCUGCCGCAGCAUCGGGCUCUAGUGUUUGAGGGAACUCGGAACCAGCUCGACCUCUGCCGAGAACACAAUACUAUCUUACGUUCAUUGGUUGGCCACGAUUGACCAUAUGGCGAUCGGGGAACACCUGAACGCGCUUGCUUUUCCCUCUAAUGCUACCCUCAUGGUCUCGGCGCUUGUGCUAUGGAUACUCGCCGAAGGUUUCCGUGCCGUUGCGCCGGGUGCGCAAGGCUGUCGGUGGCAGAUUCUCGCGACUGAGCUUCUCAAGUCGGGGUACUUUCUUGCCGCGUGGUUCAUUCAAGGAAGAUGCGACCGAGGAUCGUUUCGCGAAGUAACGACCGAGGAGCAGGCGUUGGAUGACUUCGUUCCAUCACCUGAGAUUGUCAAUCAUGAUGAUUCCCCGGACCUGGAAAGGCGCUCAACCCUGACAUCAUGGAGCCCCGGGGACGUGCGAUCGAUGCUGGUAGUUAUAAUCGCCAGCGCGGUAUACGCGCUUCGCACCUUUGUUGAUUCCAGGAGUCGAGAAUCCGCGGAUACGACAACAUUGUACCUGAACAUCCCCUUAACCAACCUAUGCAUACUAUUAAUUCUGCGUACAUUCCUUAACCGCACGUUUCCAGCUUCGUUUUGGCAUGCCGCAGUUAUUCAGUUCUCCGGGCUAUUCAUUUUAAGAGAUGGACUCAUCGACCAUAUGCAUGCAUCGCCAUGGUCCCUGUUGUUGGCAUUGGCACUCUGCAACUCAACAUUCUUUUCUCUAAUAGACAUGCUUAAUAGACUUCACCAAUCAAGAUCAAUAUACCUUAUCGAUGCCAUCAUUUUUGCUUCCUCAUGCAUCAUAGUAUUGGCUCUUUCCGCUUUCCAAAUAUUUCCUACCCACGAAUGUCUCGGUGGCCUCACACCCGCGAACGUAUUCUCAGCAGUAGUCGAGGCAGGCAAGGAUAUCACAGCAAUAUAUAUAGUGCAUCGGUAUGAUGCGGUAAUGCAGGGAAUCUCAACUUCCCUGGCCUCGACCUUUCUACUUACAUGUUUCGCACUGCGAUUCUACCAAGCAUCGUUCGCUCUCCUUGGCUGUCUCCUCAUGAUCAUUGCUUGCAUUAUUUACUUGCAUCAUCUCUGGCAAGCACCAGAAGGAUGGUGUGAGACUCCAAUCCGAAAAACUCGGCUGGCCAUCGUCGGGCUAGCGUUUGUUUUCUCUCUCGCUUACAGCUAUACUAUCCCGGCCUACUGGAUUGCCGGCUUCUCACCGGUUGCGUCUUGGAACGGUUAUCGUCUGGGAGAUAUCGAAAACACCCAACUGUGUACACCAAAGCAAUCGCCUUCCCACUCGUUCUCACAGCCGCAGGGCAACUACUCACAUUUUGACAACAUACUCCUGAUAGUAUUCUUCAGCCAUGCCCGAUACAAUGCCAACCUGGAUUACCAUAAAGAAGUAUACUCAAGCUACUUCCCAAACAUACUCUACAUCGGACCUGCCAGUCGCGAAGAUGCAGGAUUCGCCCAUUCCUAUGAUGUUUAUGUGGAUUCAUACCAAUCUGAUGAAGAUCUUAGUGAUCCUUGGAAUUAUAAGAUGGCAGGACGGAUGGCACACCAUAUGCUCUACACCGCCUUACAAGACAACGAAUGCUUUGACGGGUACCUGUGGGCACCGUUCGAUACGCUACUCAAUGUCCCUCGCCUCCAACAGUUUAAUCAAAGCCUCUUUUGGUACCACUCUCCAUGGGGUCAUCCUGUUCCUAAUCCGGCAUUUGGCGAAACGUAUUACGAAGCAACGCUGAAUGCGAGUCGGCACGCACCUGUUGCUAACAUUUCUCCCGAUCCAUCUGUGAAUCUCACGGAGAGUUGGAGAGGGUGGGGCCUAGACUGGUGGUGGGGUGAUCCACAUGUCGGAGUCUCAGAAUGCAUGGAAGCUUUCAACAAAGUGCCCUUGCACCUCCGAGAAGGUUUAGCAGCACUCACGGACGGUGAGACGCGAUUUAUAGGCGGAUCAGCCGAUACUAUGUACAUACCGGGUCGCCACCGCAAGCUCUUCAUGGAAGUGUUGGGACUCUUCCUCGAAACGAAUUGUUUCCUGGAAAUCGCCACUCCUACCACCCUGCACCUUGUAGUGCCUCCUGGGGAAACUAUUCAAUUCGUUGAUCAUUGGUGGAUAUAUCAGCCUCCAUUCAACGCAUCCUUCGUGCGGCAGAAAUGGGCGGAGGGGUUCGAAGUCGACACUUUCCACACCUUCCACUGGGGCGAGCGCGGAAGCGAUGGAGUAUGGAGGGGAGAUUACCACCAUGUCAGUGACGUACGAACCCUUCUACAAGAGUCUGCGAACCGGCAAGGUGUCCCCUUCCCCCCCUUCCCAGAACCGUCGUCAUGAGCUCUUUGUCGCUGGUAUUUGGGUAACUAUGCCACGGAUUCGAGAGUUGCAACGUAGGCGCUGCAGAUGGGCUCCAUUUACUGUGCAGUGUACGGGCAGAUGCCUCGAUGGUGCGGGAGCGACAACAGCUUUGCUACCAACAUGCAUAAAACUAUCCUAGCAUAAUGACGAGUGUGAACAACGUAUGUACAUACAGGGGCGUCAUAAAACGUGCAGUCUGUCACGCAAGUACCAGGAGAGCUCUG